CAAGCCAUGUUGAUAAACUAGCAGUUAAUAAUAGGUGCUUGAGGCAGCAUUAAAACAAUUCAAACCUGUUUAAAUUGACCUCCAGACUAGAGAUGGAUGCGUGAUUGAAAAGUGAAUGCAAAUGUGUAAGCCCUAAAGGGCUAGAAAAUAUUUGAAAUUGUGUUUAGGGCACAGAGCCGUAAAGUGUAGGAACUUGUAAUAUGGCAAUAGAACAGAAGAUAUCAUGAAUUUCAUGGAAUCGGCCGAAAUAUGUUUGUUUCGUGUUGAAUCAGACUGUCACGGCUUGACCGACCACCUCUACUGCACGCCGUGGAAUACAGGUGUUGUGACUUAUCCAGCUGGUUGCUCAGUUAAAUCGUGCUUGAAAGCUGGCCGGAUAACUGUCGCUCAUAGCAGGAAAAAUAGUUAAAAUGGAUAAGUUCGCCCUGGGCAUGUGGAUGUGCCUGCUGGUGCUAUCACCCAUGUUGGCGAUACGUCUGACGCCUUGCGAUUUGGCCGGACAACUUUAUAUAUUGGACGUGCCCAAAACGGAACUUGCCCAAUGGCUGUGCAUAGCCGAGUUCGAGAGUCGCUUCAACACACACGUUGUCGGACAGGGCAACUCGGAUGGCUCGAGGGACUAUGGUCUCUUUCAGAUUAGCGAUCGCUUCUGGUGUGCGCCCCCAAAGGCAACGCCCUACCACGCUUUCAAUGGCUGCAAUGUGAACUGCACAGAGCUCUUGAGCGAUAAUAUCACGACGGCUGUGCACUGUGCCCGGCUUAUCAAGAAGCAGCAGGGCUGGACGGCCUGGUCUGUCUACGAGGAGUUCUGCAAUGGAACCCUCUCGGAUGCCGAAAACUGUUUCCAACCGGAAACCACAGAAACGACUGUGACGCCUGAUCCGGAAAUAGAAACCACGACUGUCGUAACGGAAAUGGAUUGAGCACCUAUUUCGUGCGGAUUGAUCACUGCCAAUGGACAACAUUUAUUGUAAACUUCUAGACUAUAUAUAUUAAAGUACUAGCUGGUGUUACCCGGCUUUGCCCGAGCCAAUUGUUUUUCUUUUAAUUAUCACGUCGCUUCCACUUCUUUUCUGAUCCAGUUGGUUUUUUGAUAUUCGUAUUGAAUCCAUUUGAUUGAAUCCUGGCAAAUUGGAGUUUAUAUUGAUCCUGUUGGAGGUAUUACCUCCU